GCAAAAUGCAUUUCAAAUCAGUUAGUUGCGGAAGAAAAUUAACUCGCAUUAAGCAUCAACAAAUUGAAAUAAAAGAAAUACCUUUGAAAUGAUAGUCCAGGCUUUUGGACAUUAGUGCAAUCCCAACCAAAUUUGUUGUUUGUAAGAAUUUGAUUCUAGUCUUGAUGAAAUUUAUAUGAAUUUGAGGAAUAUGUGAUAGAAGUGAACAACCAAUUGGAAAUCGGAAAGCCAUGGCGCAUCCAGCGACGUUAUGCGCAGUUUCGGAAGUUGAAUUCACAGAUUGAAAGAUUUGGUGCCGAAUUAGGAUUUCCUCCAAAAAAAUUUAUUGGAAAUGCGAAAGAAGCAUUCAUCAAACAACGCAUGCUGGCACUUCAGGAAUUUUUGGAUGCCAUCUGCCUACAUCCAAUCUUAUAUGCAUGUCCAGCAGUAGCUAGUUUCCUUGAAAGUUCCGUCGAAACUUACAUUGGUUUGCAUGAGUGGAUACUUUUGUCUUUCCGCGAUAAACAUCAGUGGAUCAUUGAGCAACAAAGAAAGCAUUGUGGUUGGCGACCUGGCAAAGUACAUUAUGAAAUUACAUGUGGUUCUUCAAAGCUCGUGCUCUCUGGCGUCCGUUAUGGUCCAGAUCGUUUUGGGACAGUAGCAAGUCUUAACAAUGCCCUUGAAUUUUUUCGAACCUUGCAGUGUCCACAUUUAAACGAAAGUAUAACGAGCUGGGCUACUGAUGGCGGAAUUGUAUAUAUUAGACCCGUUUUCAAGGAAGGAACAUUACGUGAUCGGCUUUAUAAAAGCAACUGGAAGGACGAUUUUUUUACAAAAUACAGGAUGGAUACUUCUAUUUGCUCGUUUGAAAUGCAUGAUAUUCGCUUAAUUUGUCGGCAGUUGCUCGAAAUAUUGAUAUUACUAAACGCGAUUUCUUUGCCAUACCUCGACGCUCAUGCAGGGAAUGUUGUUAUUACAGAAUGCGGUUGUGAGCUAAUUGAUUUGGAUCAAGUCCUAACUGGACAACCAAGUUUGCAACGUCCUUCAAUGUUGUGUUCGCAAGCUGUUAAUACUCUCGAAGAUAUGUUUGUGUUUACAUUUGGUGGAUUUCUUUUCGAACUACUCACGGGUUUCUUCACAUUUCCUCUGCACUCAGCGAGUGAGGCACUUGCCAGUGUACCAUCUGCGUUCCAUUCUUUAUUAAAUUCAAUAUUCUUGCCAGAAGUUCGCUGUUUACCACGAUUGCAAGACAUAAUCAAUUCAAGUUUAUUUGUUGAUGUCCCGGUAGUAAAAAUGAAACAAAGAGAGAUUCGGAUACCGGGUGAUAUAAAGGAAAUCCUCGAUGGUCUUUGCAAUAAUAUACUGGAGAGGUAUAAAAGGGAUCGCUGCCAGUUUAAUAACAUAAAGAAACAACGAAAAUUUGAGCAGCUGCUCAACUCAGAGGCAGAAAGGUUGCGGCGAAAAGAAAUAAUCAAAGAACAAUUGAAAUCACAAACUGUCGGAGAAGAGAGCUGCUAAGAAAAGAAGACCGACAAGUCUGCAUUACGUCUUUUCCUUUUUUAAAUCCUGCAAUAAAAAUAGAAUCAAUGAAAAGCCAUCCGGUACUAUUACUGUCUACUGUCUACUCUAUUAUUGUCUACAAAAUAAUCUGAUUACAUAAAUAUAAUUUGCUGUAUGCUUUGGGUACUCAGCAUAUGUAUUUCUGUUUGAGUAGAUAUGAAAAGUUAUUUUCCAAAUACCAUAUUGGUGCAUUUCGUCAUUUUUAUUAAA